AGCAGGGGGUUGGAGCUGGGUGAGCACUGUGCUCCUUUGCCACCCAGACCAUUCUGUGAUUCUAUGAUUCAGUCCCUCGUCACACCAGCCCAUGAUCCUCCCACUCCCAUCCCCACCGCCAGCCACGGACCCCCCCAUCCUUCUGAGCAUCCCCAGCCAGGUGCUGCCCGCAGGGUUCCUGGAGGAGGGCAUCCUGGUGCUGGAUCGGAAGCGCAUCCGGCGCCGCUACCUGCGCUCCAGCAGCUUCCUAUGGGACGUGGCCUCAGUGCUGCCCAUGGAGCUGCUGUGCCUGCGCCUGCGCUCAGCCCUGCGUUCCAACCGCUGCCUGCGUGCCCCGCGGCUCUUUGAGGCCUUCGAGCGCCGGGAGACACGCACAGCUCACCCCCACGCCUUCCGCAUCGCCAAGCUGAUGCUCUACGUCUUGGUGGCCAUCCAUUGGAACGCCUGCCUCUACUUCGCGCUGUCCGUGCACCUGGGGCUGGGCUCUGAUACGUGGGUGCACCCCAACGGGAGCCGGCCCGGCUUAGCACGCCCACUGCGGCAAUACCUGCACAGCUUCUACAUCUCCACCCUCAUCCUCACCACCGUGGGUGACACGCCGGAGCCGUGCCGCGAGGAGGAGUUCCUUUUCGUGACGGCCGGCUUCCUGCUGGCCGUGCUGGGCUUCGCCACCAUCAUGGGCAGCAUGAGCUCCGUCAUCGCCGACAUGAGCGCGGCCGACGCCUCCUUCUACCCGGAGCACGGCCCGGUGCGGCGCUUCCUGCGGGCUCACGGCGUGGCAGAGCGGUUGGUGAGACGCGUGGCCGCAUGGCACGAGCACCUGCGUGCGCAGCGCAAGCUGGCGGAGGAGCACGUCGUGCUGCGGCACCUGCCCGAGAGGUUGCGUGCCGAGGUGGCCGCCGGCGUGCAUCUACCAGCACUGAGCAAGGUGAGGCUGUUCCAGAGCUGUGAGCGCGGCGUGUUGGAGGCGUUGGUGCUGCGACUGCGCCCUCAGGUCUUUGGGCCUGGAGAGUUCGUCUGCCGGCGCGGCGACGUGGGCCGUGAGAUGUAUUUCAUCCGAGAGGGGCGGCUGGAGGUGCUGGGAGCUGACGGUGUGACGCAGCUCGCCGUGCUGGGAGAGGGGCUCUACUUCGGAGAGAUCAGCCUCAUCAACAUCCCCGGGAACCGCUUGGGGAACCGGCGCACAGCUGACAUCCGCAGCAUCGGCUACGCAGACCUCUUCUGCCUGGCCAAGGAGGACCUGGCGGAGGUACUGACUGAAUUCCCCACUGCCCGAGUGCUGCUGGAGGCCAAGGGCCGUGAGAUCCUGCUGCGUAUGGACAAGCUGGAUGUGCACGCGGAGGCGGCGGCGGCAGCAGCUCGGGAGGAGGCUGAGCGGCGAGCGCAGGUGCUGGAGGCGGCGUUGGAGGCUCUGCAGACACGAACGGCGCGGCUGCUGGCACAGCUGGAGUCCAGUGCCCUCAAACUGGCACUGCGCAUCGGGCGCCUGGAGAGCAGGGCGCAGCAGCGUGGCAAGUGGGGACAGGGGAAGGGCAGGAAGAGGAGUCCCAGCAGGCUGCAGUGUGCCGCAGGGGGAGGGGAGCCUGAGGGGCGACCCACCAGGGCACAAAAUCCCACUAAGGCGCAGGGUCCCACUAGUGUCCAGAGUCCCAGGGGGGUACAGGGUCCCACCACAGCACGAGGUCCCAUUGGCAUAGCAGGUCCCACAGGGACACGUAGACCCACCAGGGCACGGGGUCCCACCUGGGCACGGGGUUCCACUGGUGUAGGGGGUCCCAUUGGCACACGAGGUCCCACUGGUGCAGGGGGUCCCACCAGGGGUCGGGGUCCCACUGGUGUAGGGGGUCCCAUUGGCACACGAGGUCCCACUGGUGUAGGGGGUCCCACCAGGGGUCGGGGUCCCACUGGUGUAGGGGGUCUCAUUGGCACACGAGGUCCCACUGGUGCAUGGGCUCCCUCUGGUGCACGAGGUCCCACUGGCACACGAGGUCCUACUGGUGUAGGGGGUCCCAGCAGGGGUCAGGAUCCCACAGGGGCACGGGGCACACAGCCCAGAGGCCGCUGGCGCUGAGGAUCAGGGAUCUGCCUGGCUGCUGAGUGUGCAAUAGCAGUGACAGUCGGUGCUUUGUGACAGCCGUUGCUAGGUAACAAUGACAACAGUUGCUAGGUAACCGUGACAACAACCGCUAGGUGAUGGUGACAAUAGUUGCUAUGUAGCAAUAACACCAGUUGCUAAGCAACAGCAGUGGUUG